AUGUCGCGAUAUCCCGACUACCUUUCUCCGAACGCGACGCCGACCAAGCUUACCAAGGCGCAGAAGUCGCGUGCACGCAGGGAGCCGUCUGGGGUGUUCUCGUUGUUCCAGGCGCCGCAGAUCCAGCAGUUCAAGGAAGCGUUCCAGCUCAUCGAUCACGAUAAGGACGGAUGGGUGAACGAGAGCGAUUUGAAGGAGAUCUUUACGAGUUUGGGGAUCUCGCCGUCGAAGCGGAUGAUGGAGGAGCUGCUUAGCGCGAGGCCCGGGGGACAUAAUCGACUGUCGUCAUACGAGGAGAGCUCGGGGGACCGGGGAAUCAACUUUACGAUGUUCCUCACGAUGAUGAGCGAGCGGCUGUUCGAGUUUGACACUGAGGCAGAGCUGUUGGAGGCAUUUGUAUCAUUUGAUGAGAACGACUCGGGUACGGUGAAGGUGGAGGAGAUGAGGAAAUGGCUGGGCGAGGUUGGAGAGCGAAUGAAUGAGCAGGAGAUUGAUAGACUACUGAAGGGGCCGUUUACGGACAGGCAGGGGAACUUCAACUACCGGGAGUGGGUGAAGGUUUUGCGGGUGAACGACGCUGAGGAGGGCGAGAAUUCGCUGUGA